CCUACUAAGCAAAACAAAAUUUCUUCCCAUUACAAAAUUGAAAGGAGGCAAAAAAAAUUACCAAAGAAUGGGGCACUGGACUACAAGAUUGCCCUUGAUUGGACUCUCUCUUCUUUUUCUCACAGACGUUUACGUGGUAGGUGACUUUGAACAACCGCUGUCUCACUGCUGCAAUCUCGGUGUCAAAUGGGGCGUGGAAAACCUGCAGUGCGCCGCCUUUCCCGCACCGGUGGUAGGUAUCCGUAACGAACAACAAGCUAUCUGUCUCUCUGCCGUGCACAUUUGCUGUCUUCGAAAACACAGGGAGCGACAAUGCGAGUUGGGUAAACAGUCGGCCAGAGCGGAUCGGGAAUGUUCGGUUAACCGAGAUUUGGGCGGUGAAACCCAUAAAGACUGUUGCGAGGGAUGCAAAUUGGGGCUCGUUGCUGGUUCAAUGUCAAUGGGAUGUACCUUUAGAGCUUUCCAGUUUGGCGCUCCUUGGGACGACGCUUAUCGUUCGUGUUGCCAGCAAACUCUGCCUCAGGUAUUCCCAGAUAGCUCGUUCCCCAAUCCACGCAUCCCCAGCACUACGUCCAGAACUCAAAUUCCACCAUUUCUUCCACCUCCACCAACUCCGGCGCUGCCCAAAUUCCCGAUCGACGAGCCCAACUCUAUUGAGGAUGACGAAGAUCUCUGCGCCCGCUUCCCAGGAGAAUUAUGCGCUCACGUUUGUGUACCAACUGGAGGUUCGUCUUACCGAUGCGAAUGCCGCGAAGGUUUCCAGCUACUUGCCGAUGGAAAAUCCUGCCAGCAAGCCACUCAAUAUGAUCGCUGUUCAACGGAUAAUCCCUGUUCGCAAAAGUGUACGGACACGGGACUGGCCGUGGAAUGCUCCUGCCAUUCGGGAUACCAGUUGGCUUCUGACGAAAAGACCUGCACAGAUGUCGACGAAUGUUUCAUUGGCGCCGACAACUGUGAUGUGCUGCUCCAGAUUUGUGUUAAUCAGCCAGGUAGUUUCGCUUGCAUUGACCGUAAAGAUAGUCCCAACACAGGACCGCGACCAGCGGCGCAACAGCCUGAUGUUGGCAACGACGGACGGGCCUGCCCAAGAGGUUUCAAAUUCAACGCCGAAUCGAGAGUUUGUGACGAUGUGAACGAGUGCGACUCGCAACCACCCGUUUGCCCGGCUCAAACGUUGUGUCAGAACACAAUUGGCUCUUACACCUGCGCCCGCAAACCCCAGCUGGAGGAAUGUCCGCUCGGUUUCCGCUUCAACAGUCAGAUCCAGACCUGCAUUGAUAUUGACGAAUGUAAAGAAAAUCCAGCCACAUGUCCUAAAACUCGACCCGUAUGCAUUAAUCUUCAGGGAUCCUAUACCUGUCAAUCGAGGAAUGAGAGCAGCUUGCUCGGACCAUCUGUCACUUGCCCAGCAGGAUACAAAUUCAACACAGCCCAGCAAACUUGCGAAGAUGUGGACGAAUGCGCCGAACGUCUCGACUCUUGCAUCCAUGGAAUGGAAAUGUGCAUCAAUGACCUGGGUCGCUAUCAUUGCGAACCGCUCAGCGCCGACGCAGCUUCCCCUUCAAGCGGCCAGCGCCAUCACGACGUCGACGAUCAUCACCACACUCCGGGUUUUAGCCAGUGCCCGCCCGGUUACACCUACGAUGAGGACGAACAAGUCUGCAUCGAUUUGGACGAGUGUUUAAACGGAGAGCUGGAAGAGUUUAGCUUGUGCGACGAGGACAAGCGUUGCGUGAACACGGAAGGAUCUUACGAAUGUCUUGAAGCCUGUGCACUGGGAUAUCAGCCCGACGUGGCCGACGGCCUGGGCCCAUGCGUUGACAUCGAUGAGUGCAUCACUUCAGGGCACAAUUGCACAUUGGCUGAAAAAUGUGUCAACGUACCGGGAUCGUACCGAUGCGAACAACUGAGGCCAAUCUUGCAAACGGUCAGUUUUCCAACGACGACAACAACAGGCAACGUUCGACCAACCCUGAGGUUGAGUUCAUCCACAACUUCGACUACAUCAACCACAUCGACUACGACGACAACAACAACUACAGCAAAACCUACUACAACAACUAAAACCACGACGCCGAUUCCAACUACGUCGACCACCACAAGAGCAACAACAACAACUACCCCGCCUCCGACUACUACUACGACCACCACCACUACCACAACAGCCCCUACAACAACAACAGUCAGAACUUCACGCCAACAUCACAAUACGUCGGGUUCGUGCCCGUCAGGAUUCCGCAGAGAGACUGGCGGUGGCCGUUGCAAAGAUAUCAACGAAUGCGAGGAAGGGACUCACCGGUGUGACCCAUCGAAAUCCGACUGCGUCAACACUGCCGGAUCUUAUAGGUGCAAACCAUUGGCGCCUUGUCUGGCAGGAUUCCGUCGUAACACAUCCCACGGCCGCUGCGAAGAUAUUGAUGAAUGCGUGGAAGGAUUGCACAACUGCGAGACUCAGACGGCACUGUGCGUCAACAAUUAUGGAUCGUUUGAUUGUCGAGCUUAUCCGUUCUGCCCGGCUGGACAUCGUUUCAGCGUCCAAGAUCGAUUCUGUCAAGAUAUUGACGAAUGUGCCGAAGGGAUUCACAACUGCAGUGGAACAUGCGUCAACGCCGUCGGUACUUUCCGGUGCGUGGAUCGGGAGCCGGUCAGCUGCGGACUGGGAUUCCGCUACGAUGCGGAAAAACGCGAAUGUCAAGAUGUGGACGAAUGUCUGGAGGGAACGAGUCAAUGUCGACCGCCAGCCGAUCGUUGCGUCAAUUUGGCCGGCAGUUACAGGUGCGAACCGAUAAGUUUACCCACGACAACUAGAAGCCCACCUAAAUCAACAACAACUACACCUCGGACGACAACAUCGACCACACCUCGGACGACAACAUCGACCACACCUCGGACGACAACAUCGACCACAACUCGAACGACAACAACUACUAUCCCACGCACGACAACAACAACAGCGUCUACCACUACAACUGGCAGCACAACGACCACGGCAAGAACACGCAUUGUUACAGUUCCUACUCGUCCUACUGGUGGUAGCAGUCAGGCAGACAGGUGUCCAGCCGGUUAUCGCUAUUCAAGGCGCAGUCGCACCUGUCUCGAUAUCGACGAGUGCGUGGAAGCGAGAGACUACUGCAACAAGGAGUCGGAAACUUGCGUCAACGAGCGCGGAGGUUACCGUUGCGCACCUUACAACGAGCUGCCGCAAAGCUCCAGUUCUGCAGCACCCAGUUUAUUACCAACUACAACACCCGCUCCCCCUACCAACCGACCACCGGCCAGAACUCCAAGUUGCCCGAGAGGCUACGUCUUUAGCGAAGAAAGUCGCCGUUGUGUCGAUGUCAACGAAUGUACCAGCGAACCGGGUCCUUGCCGUGGUAACCAGCAAUGCGAGAACACCGUGGGUAGCUACGUCUGCCGUUGCGCUAUCGGCUACCGCUUCAAUACGGCCACUCAAUUCUGCGAAGACAUUAACGAAUGCUUGCUGGACUAUCACGACUGCUUGAGCUCGCAGAGAUGCGACAACACGAUCGGUAGUUACACCUGCUUCCGCACGACCAGUUGUGGCACCGGUUACACCUACAACUCUCAAAAGAGUAGAUGUGAAGACGACGACGAAUGCGAAUCAGGAGCGAACGAUUGCGCCGUUCUCGGUCCGCUCUACCAGUGCCGCAAUACGGAGGGCUCGUUCCGGUGCGAGCGCAAGCGAUGCACUGAUCGCACAGACGGGCUCACGCAUCUCGACGAGGAGACGGGCCACUGCGUCCAACCGCCACAGUGCGCCGAUGGCUUCGAACCCGCUCCCAGAGGCCGAUGCAAUGAUAUCGACGAAUGCGCACGAGGAAGUCCGUGUCCGCGGGGUCACCAGUGCACCAACACAGUGGGAUCCUUCACGUGCGUCAAUACUCAAAAAUGCGAUCCAGGUUACGAGAUGAACAGCGCUGGAACUCAAUGUCAAGAUAUCGACGAAUGUGCCAAAUCAACUCACGACUGCAAGCGAAAUCAACUGUGUCAAAAUCGUCCGGGAGGCUACGUCUGCGCUUGUCAGCCAGGCUACACAAUCGGAGCGAAUCGCGAAUGCGAAGAUAUCGACGAAUGUACACGAUUCGCCGGACAGAUCUGCUCGCCGAAUUCGCAAUGCGCCAACACACCCGGCUCUUACCGUUGCGACUGCAAGGCAGGAUUCCGAUCGGGAGCAGACCCUCGUUCAUGCGUUGACAUUGACGAAUGCACCGAAACGGCCCGCCUGUGCCAGCAGAAUUGUGCCAACACUUGGGGUUCGUACCAGUGCAGUUGCCAGUCCGGCUACACGCUAGCUCCUGAUAACAGGUCCUGUCACGAUGUCGACGAAUGUGAAUUGUACAAAGAACGUGGAGGUCUGUGCAUCGGCCUUUGCGUCAACGAGCCCGGAAGCUAUUCGUGUCAAUGUCCCGAAGGCUACCGUCUAGCUUCUGACAACCGCACUUGCCAAGAUAUCGACGAAUGCGCCAGACCAGGAGUCUGUCGAGCGGAAGAAUCGUGUCUCAAUACAAAAGGGGGUUAUUAUUGCAACGCCAUCGUCUGCCCGCCCAACUACGUCCGAGACACCGAACAUCGAAACCGUUGCAAGCGGGUGUCACUCGAGUGCCACAGCUGGGACAGCGAAUGCCUCCGCAAACCGGUUUCCUAUUCGUACAACUUUUUGACGCUUCCAUCGAAAAUUCCUAUUCCAGCCCGUACUGGUCACCUGGACCUGUUUAGCAUGCGCGGCCCACUUUGGGCCUCGGCGACAGUUCAAUUCAAUUUGGAAUUGAACGACGUGCGGGCACCAACCGACCUGGUCGAACGCAAACUCAAAGUGGAUCGCAGCGUCUUCAGUUUACGACGAUCGACAUCGUCGCCCAACCAGGCCAUUCUGGCCCUGACGAAAUCUAUUGUCGGACCGCAGGAAAUCGAACUUUUCCUCAACAUGGACAUGUACCAGAAUGGCGUCUUCAGUGGCGUCGCCGUCGUCAAAAUUUUCAUCUACGUCACGCAAUACGAAUUCUAGAAUUUAAAAAAAAAAAAAAAAAGGCGCCAACCGUUAUCUUUUUAAGUUAAUCCUUUCCCAUGUAGAUUGUACCCAAAGAAUCAAUUAGCUCCUCGCUUUGGUGUUUGUUGUUCUUGCCCUUGUACUGACGGGAUACGACACAUGAUUGAAAAAAAGAAACGAAGCUCACCAAAGAUGAAAAGUGGAAAGGAAAUGGUAAAAUAAUAAUAAUUAAAUAGACAAAAAAUGAUUUCGUUUCUUUGGCGUAUUCUUUGCCUCGCUUUAAACACAAAUCGCAGCUUCCGAAAUAAUGAUGUUAAAUUCUUUGUUCUUUAACCUCGAAAAAAUACUAAUCCAUUCUUAAAAUUUUUUUUCACACUUAAUAUCUCCUCCCCCAUUGUGACAAAAGCAAAAGAACUGUAAUGACAUCGUUGCCAAAGCAUGCGGCCAAAUACCAAACGAAAACCCAUCCCCCAAAUAAAGUAACAAU